UCCUGUCCUCUUUAGCGUGCCUGCGGAAGUGGGUGCCGGCAGCUCGGGUUGGCCGCUGCUUGGGAUCUCUGCGCGUGUGCACUCGUUGCUGCUCUCGGCUGGAAAGAUGCCGGGUCUGGCCGCCGCCAGCCCUGCCCCGCCUGAGGCUCAGGAGAAGAAGCCGCUGAAGCCUUGCUGCGCCUGCCCGGAGACCAAGAAGGCGCGCGAUGCGUGCAUCAUUGAGAAAGGAGAAGAACACUGUGGACAUCUCAUCGAGGCCCACAAGGAGUGCAUGAGAGCACUGGGGUUUAAGAUAUGACAGGGUGAGUCAACUGUAUUGCUUCAGGUGGCCUACUUUGUGAAUGAAUAAUCCCUGAAGAAUGAAGAAGAUGGAAUAUUUUGGAAGUUCUUUGUUGAACUUUGAUAAGUGGAUAAAGUAUUUAUAAUUUAUUAAAAAACAAAAGGAAAGAAAAUGUGGUAAA